AGGAGGAGGAGGAGCCGCCGCCGCUGCUGCUGCAGGCCAUGGCGGAGAACUUGCUGGACGGGCCGCCCAACGCCAAGCGGGCCAAGCUCAACUCGCCCGGCUUCUCCGCCGCCGACACCGCAGAUUUUGAACCCCUGUUUGACCUGGAAAAUGAUCUUCCGGAUGAGCUGAUCCCUAAUGGAGAGUUGAGUCUUUUAAGCAGCAGUGGAAACCUUAUUCAAGAUGCAGCUUCCAAACACAAGCAACUUUCUGAACUUCUGAGGGGAGGCAGCGGCUCUUCUCUUAACCCAGGAAUUGGGGCCGUGAACUCCAGCAGCCCCGGCACGCCAGGAGUGAAUAACCAAGUCCAGGGGCAGCCGGGCGGCGUCACCAUUAGCAGCCUGGGCGUCCUGGGCAAAAGCCCCUUAAGCCAGGCGGACGCUGCUGCCUCGAGUCUGGCCAAGCAGGCCGCCAGCGCGUCUGGGCCCAGCACCCCAGCUGCUCCGGCCUUGAACUCCCAAGCCCAGAAGCAAGUGGGGAUGGUGGCGAGCAGCCCAGCAGCCUCCCAGGCAGGAGCUGCCAUGUGCAUGAACGCUGGCUUCAACCAGGCUCACCCGGGUCUUCACAAUAGUAACUCUGGCGGCCACACGUUAAUGAACCAGGCCCAGCAAGGGCAAGGGCAAGGGCAGGUAAUGAAUGGAUCCCUUGGAGCAGCUGGAAGAGGACGAGGUGCCGGAAUGCAGUAUUCUACCCCCGCCAUGCAGGGAAAUGCAAGCAGCGUGCUGGCAGAGACCUUGACGCAAGUGUCUCCUCAAAUGACGGGUCAUACAGGCCUGAACACAGCCCAGGCAGGAGCCAUGGCAAAAAUGGGAAUGGCCAGUAACCCAAGUCCCUUUGGGCAGCCAUUUAGUCAAGCUGGAGGGCAGCAGAUGGGAGGAGCAGCAGGAGUCAACUCUCCGUUACCAAAUAAGCCAGGCAUGGCAAAUAGCUUGUCUCCUUUUCCUUCAGACAUCAAGAGUGUUUCAGUUACCAGUGUGCCAAAUAUGUCUCAAAUGCAAACCCAGGUACAACAGGUGGGAAUUGUACCAACGCAGGCAAUGGCAGCCGGGCCAACAGCUGACCCCGAGAAGCGCAAACUUAUUCAGCAACAGUUGGUUCUGCUCCUUCAUGCUCACAAGUGUCAGAGACGAGAGCAAGCCAACGGAGAGGUGCGGCCAUGUGCCCUUCCCCACUGCCGAACCAUGAAAAAUGUCCUCAAUCAUAUGACACAUUGUCAAGCUGGAAAGGCCUGUCAAGUUGCCCACUGUGCUUCGUCACGUCAGAUCAUAUCCCACUGGAAGAACUGCACGCGGCACGAUUGUCCUGUGUGUCUCCCGUUGAAAAAUGCCAGUGACAAGAGAAACCAGCAACCACUCCUUGGAUCCCCAGUUGGUGGCAUCCAGAAUUCUAUUGCCUCUGGGACAGGACAGGCAACGACUCCUUCUUUGAGCAACCCGAACCCCAUUGACCCCAGUUCCAUGCAGCGAGCCUACGCAGCUCUUGGCCUGCCCUAUGGCAACCAGUCCCAGCAGGCGCCACUGCCGCCCCAGGUGCAAGGCCAGCCGGCCGCCCAGCCCCAGGCUCACCCGCAAAUGAGAACCAUGAAUGCACUGGGAACUAAUCAAAUGAAUCUGACUGCUGGAGGAAUAACAGACCAGCAACCUAGCAUGAUCCCAGAAACUGCUCUUCCGACUUCACUUGGGGCAGCAAACUCCUUAAUGAAUGAUGGCACAAAUUCGAUGCCCACAGCUGCACCACCUUCAAGCACUGGGGUGAGGAAAGCCUGGCACGAGCAUGUCACUCAGGACCUGCGCAAUCACUUAGUGCACAAACUCGUGCAAGCCAUCUUCCCAACUCCUGACCCAGCGGCACUGAAAGAUCGCCGGAUGGAGAAUCUGGUGGCUUACGCUAGGAAAGUAGAAGGGGAUAUGUAUGAAUCGGCUAACAGUAGGGAUGAAUAUUACCAUUUAUUGGCAGAGAAAAUAUAUAAAAUACAAAAGGAGCUAGAAGAGAAGCGGAGGUCUCGUUUACAUAAGCAAGGGAUCUUGGGUAAUCCGCCAGCCUUACAGGCUCCCGGGACUCAGCCUCCUGGCAUUCCACAGGUGGCGGCAGCUGUGGGACAAGCCCAGCCUGUGAGACCUCCCAAUGGGCCUCUGUCCAUGCCGAAUGUGCCUCUGAGCCGCAUGCAGGCGUCUCAAGGAGUGAAUCAGUUUAACCCCAUGUCCAUAGGGAAUGUCCAAAUGUCCCAGGCAUCGAUAGGACCCCGCACCACCCCUCCAAUGAACCAUCCUGUCCAAAUGAACAACAUGGGAUCCAUUUCGACGAUGGCUCUGUCUCCCUCCCGGAUGCCUCAGUCCCAGAACCUGAUAGCAGCUCAUUCCAACAGUCUGAUGGGUCAGGCCUCCACCCCAAGCCCCUUCCUGCCACAGAACCAGUUUUCUGCCUCCAGUGGAGCUUUGAAUGUCAACAGCGUUGCUUUGGGGCCAGCAGCAGCACAGGCAGGAGUGGCACAGGGGCAAGUUCCUGGAGCUGCUCUUCCCAACUCCGUGGAUAUGCUGGGACCCCAAAGCAGCCAGCAGCUCUCAUGUCCUCCCGUGACCCAAGCACCCCUUCACCAGCCCGCGGCUCCUCUCUUGUCCAGCGUGGCGGCUGGCAUGCCGCCGGUCCAGCACCAGACCCCACCAGGGAUGACGCCUCCACAGCCUGCAGUGCCUGCCCAGCCGUCCACACCGGUCUCCGCGGCAGGACAGGCGCCAACUCCAGCAGCCGGCUCCGUCCCUAAUGCCACGCAGGUGCAGAGCACGCCUUCGGGGCAAGCCGCAGCCCAGUCGCAGAUUCCACCGCAGCCUCAGACCCCAGUGCAGCCCCCACCCGUGCCAACCCCGCAGCUUCCGCAGCAGCAGCCAAUGUCUGCCCAGGCCCCUGGCACUCCGCUAUCCCAAGCAGCAGCCAGUAUCGACAACAGGGUGCCCACGCCAGGCUCUGCCGCCAGUACCGACGUGAAUGCUCAGCAGCUGGGGCCGGAGACCCAAACGCAAGAGAUUAAGCCAGAAGGGAAGGUGGAAAAAGCAGAGUCAGAAUGUGAUGAAGCUCAACUAGAUCCAAAAUCGGAGGUGGAGGAGGACGUUCCAGGCCCCACGCAAACCAAAGAAGAAACAAAUGGGGUGGAGAUCAAGCAGGAGCCCAUGGAGAUAGAAGGGAAGAAGCCCGAGAUCAAAGAGGAGGAUGACGGGGGCAAGUCCACAUCCCCAUCUCAGCCACGGAAAAAGAUCUUUAAGCCCGAAGAGCUGCGCCAGGCCCUCAUGCCCACCCUGGAAGCUUUGUAUCGCCAGGACCCAGAGUCCUUGCCCUUCCGGCAGCCCGUGGACCCUCAACUUCUGGGGAUUCCGGACUAUUUUGACAUAGUGAAGAAUCCCAUGGAUCUUUCCACCAUUAAGCGCAAGUUGGACACAGGGCAGUAUCAAGAGCCCUGGCAGUACGUGGAUGAUGUUUGGCUAAUGUUCAAUAAUGCCUGGCUUUAUAAUCGCAAGACGUCGCGAGUCUAUAAAUUUUGCACUAAGCUGGCCGAGGUCUUUGAACAAGAAAUCGACCCUGUUAUGCAGUCCUUGGGAUACUGUUGUGGACGCAAGUACGAAUUUUCUCCCCAGACCUUGUGCUGUUAUGGGAAGCAGCUGUGUACUAUUCCACGGGAUGCCGCCUACUACAGUUACCAGAACAGGUAUCACUUCUGUGAGAGAUGUUUCACUGAAAUCCAGGGGGAAAACGUUACCCUUGGUGAUGACCCUGCCCAGCCACAAACAACAAUAUCAAAAGAUCAGUUUGAGAAGAAGAAAAAUGAUACACUAGACCCAGAGCCCUUUGUGGACUGCAAGGAAUGUGGCCGGAAGAUGCACCAGAUCUGUGUGUUGCAUUAUGACAUUAUUUGGCCUUCAGGCUUUGUGUGUGACAACUGCUUGAAGAAAACUGGUCGAACACGCAAAGAAAACAAAUUCAGUGCCAAAAGGUUGCAGACCACCCGCCUAGGAAACCAUUUGGAAGAGAGAGUCAAUAAGUUUUUGCGACGGCAGAAUCACCCAGAAGCUGGCGAAGUGUUUGUGAGAGUGGUGGCCAGCUCCGAUAAAACGGUGGAAGUGAAACCGGGGAUGAAAUCCAGAUUUGUAGACUCUCGUGAGAUGGCCGAGUCCUUCCCCUAUCGCACAAAGGCUCUCUUUGCUUUUGAAGAGAUAGAUGGCGUGGACGUCUGUUUCUUUGGCAUGCAUGUGCAGGAAUAUGGUUGGGACUGUCCUCCCCCAAACACCAGGCGUGUUUACAUCUCCUACUUAGAUAGCAUUCAUUUCUUCCGCCCAAGAUGCCUGCGAACUGCAGUCUAUCAUGAAAUCCUUAUUGGGUAUCUGGAAUACGUCAAGAAACUGGGGUACGUGACGGGCCACAUCUGGGCCUGCCCCCCGAGUGAGGGGGAUGAUUACAUCUUCCACUGCCACCCUCCUGACCAGAAAAUCCCCAAGCCCAAGCGCCUGCAGGAAUGGUACAAGAAGAUGCUGGACAAGGCAUUUGCGGAGAGGAUCAUUCAUGACUACAAGGACAUCUUCAAGCAAGCAACGGAGGACCGGCUGACAAGUGCCAAGGAACUGCCUUACUUUGAGGGUGACUUUUGGCCCAACGUGCUGGAAGAGAGCAUUAAGGAGCUGGAACAAGAGGAGGAGGAGAGGAAGAAGGAGGAAAGCACAGCAGCUUGCGAAACAACAGAGGGCAGCCAGGGGGACAGCAAGAACGCCAAGAAGAAGAACAACAAGAAGACCAACAAGAACAAGAGCAGCAUCAGCAGAGCCAACAAGAAGAAGCCCACCCUGCCCAGCGUCUCCAAUGACCUGUCCCAGAAGCUGUAUGCCACCAUGGAGAAGCAUAAGGAGGUCUUUUUUGUCAUCCACCUGCACGCCGGGCCCGUCGUCAACACCUUGCCCCCCAUCGUGGAUCCGGACCCGAUGCUCAGCUGCGACCUGAUGGACGGCCGGGACGCCUUCCUCACCUUGGCCAGAGACAAGCACUGGGAGUUCUCUUCGCUGCGCCGCUCCAAGUGGUCCACGCUCUGCAUGCUGGUGGAGCUGCACACGCAGGGCCAGGACCGCUUUGUCUACACCUGCAACGAGUGCAAGCACCACGUGGAGACCAGGUGGCACUGCACAGUCUGCGAGGAUUACGACCUCUGCAUCAACUGCUACAACACCAAGAGCCACGAGCACAAGAUGGUCAAGUGGGGCCUGGGCCUGGACGACGACAGCAACAGCCAGGGGGAGCAGCAGUCCAAGAGCCCCCAGGAGUCUCGGCGCCUCAGCAUCCAGCGCUGCAUCCAGUCCCUGGUGCACGCCUGCCAGUGCCGCAACGCCAACUGCUCGCUGCCGUCCUGCCAGAAGAUGAAGCGGGUGGUGCAGCACACCAAGGGCUGCAAGCGCAAGACCAACGGCGGCUGCCCCGUCUGCAAGCAGCUGAUCGCCCUGUGCUGCUACCACGCCAAGCACUGCCAAGAGAACAAGUGCCCCGUGCCCUUCUGCAUCAACAUCAAACACAAGCUCCGCCAGCAGCAGAUCCAGCACCGGCUGCAGCAGGCGCAGCUCAUCCGCCGCAGGAUGGCCACCAUGACCACCCGCAAUGUGCCUCAGCAAAGUUUGCCUUCUCCUACCUCAGCCACGCCUGGGACCCCCACGCAGCAGCCCAGCACCCCGCAGACACCCCAGCCCCCGCCCCAGCCCUCGCCCGUCAACAUGUCGCCAGUUGGCUUCCCUCCUGGAGCAAGGACUCAGCCUCCGCUCCCCAUUUCCGCCGGCAAGGCUGCUCCCCAGGCCCCGGCCCCCCCGCCGCCCGCCCAACCACCCCCCGGAGCCGUAGAAGCAGCGCGGCAGAUCGAGAUCGAGGCAGCCCAGCAGCAGCAGCAGCAGCAGCAGCUCUACCGGGUGAGCAGCAACGGCUUGCCUCCUGCCCGCGCAGGAAUGGGGAGCCCGGCUGUGGGCGCCGUCAACCCCCUGCAGGCGGCUGGCAUGAGCGUGCCCCGGCCCAGCUCUGUGAGUGGCCCCCUCAUGCCCAGCAUGCCGGCCGGCCAGUGGCAGGCGGCCCCCCUGGCCCCGCAGCAGCCCCUGCAGCCCGGCAUGCCCCGGCCAUCCCUGCCCCUCGCCACUCAGCAGGCGGGGCCCGGCCCCCGCAUGCCCGGCGUCCAGCAGCCCCCUCGCAGCAUCCCCCCCAACGCCGCUCUGCAGGAGCUGCUGCGGACUCUGAAGUCUCCCAGCUCCCCGCAGCAGCAGCAGCAGGUGCUCAACAUCCUGAAGUCCAACCCGCAGCUCAUGGCAGCUUUCAUCAAGCAGAGAACAGCCAAGUACGUAGCGAACCAGCCUGGCAUCCAGCCCCCGCCCCAGCCGGCGCUGCAGCAGCAGCCGCCCCCGCCCCCGCCGGCAGGCCUGCACCCUCAGACCGGCUUGCAGAACCUGAGCGCCCUGCAGGCAGGCGUCCAGCGGCCAGGCGUCCCGCUGCAGCAGCCGGGAAUGGGGGGCUUGAGCCCCCAGGCCCAGCCCAUCAGCAUCAUGAACCCGGCCCAUGGCGCUGGCAUGGCCAGCAUGAGCCCGCAGUACCGGGAGAUGAUCCGGAGGCAGUUGCUGCAGCAGCAACAGCAACAGCAAGGAGGGGCUGGGCUGGCUGCGCACGGCCAGUUCCCGCAGCCGCAGGGCCCGGGCGGAGGCUACUCGCAAGCCAUGCAGCAGCAGCGGAUGCAGCAGCAGCAGCAGCAGCAGCACCUCUCCAUCCAGGCGGGGGGCCUGGGCCAAAUGGCUCCGAUGGGACAGCUGAACCAAAUGGGGGGGCAGCCCGGCCUUGGCGGGGCCGAGGGCAGCGCCAACAUCCAGCAAGCCCUGCAGCAGCGGAUCCUCCAGCAGCAGCAGCAGCAGCAGAUGAAGCAGCAGAUGGGCUCCCCGGGGCAGCCCACCCCCAUGAGCCCCCAGCAGCAGCAGCAGCAGCAGCAGCAGCAGCACCUGCUCUCAGGACAGACGCAGCCGGCCCCCCACCUCCCCGGGCAGCAGCAGCAGCAGCAGCAGCAGCAGCUCAGCGCCUCCCUCGGCAGCCAGGUGCGGUCGCCCGCGCCGGUCCAGUCCCCGCGGCCCCAGUCGCAGCCGCCACAUUCCAGCCCGUCCCCCCGGAUCCAGCCCCAGCCCUCCCCGCACCACGCCUCCCCGCAGACUGGCUCCCCGCACCCGGGGCUGGGGGGCGUGGCGGCCCUGGCCGGCCCCCUGGACCAGCAGGGGCACCUGGGCAACCCCGAGCAGCAGAGCGCCAUGCUGCCCCAGCUCAACCCGCCCAACAGGAACGUGCUGCCCAACGAGCUCUCCCUGGUGGGCGACACGACCGGGGGCGACACGCUGGAGAAGUUUGUGGAGGGCUUGUAGCAGCCGUCCUCGCAGGCCUGGACCUUUUGCUCCCGAAACACGGACCUCCCAGAGCUCGAG